AUGCCACUACAUAGUCAUCAUGCUCACAGGCGAUCGAGCCUGAACAGCAACCGCUCGUCCACGGAUGAUAUGAGACCAGACUCAGCCGGGGGGGCAGAAGACGAUGCUACCAUUGUCGAGCCAGACCAGGGCAACGUCCUCUCACAUAUCAUAUCUCAGCUUCGACCUGGCGCAGAUCUCUCACGCGUCACCUUGCCCACGUUUAUCUUAGAGCCACGGUCUAUGUUGGAGAGAAUUACCAAUUUCAUGGCGCAUCCGGAGACACUGCUGCCUAUGCCUCAAAUCGACGAUCCCAUCAAGCGUUUCGUGGCGGUAGUUAAAUUCUACCUCAGCGGUUGGCACAUCAAACCUCCGGGGGUAAAGAAGCCCCUGAACCCAAUCCUUGGCGAGACCUUUACCUGCUACUGGGAGUAUCCCGACCACACUCGAGGCUACUACAUCGCUGAACAAACAUCACAUCAUCCACCUAAAUCCUCGUAUUUCUUUAUGGCUCCCGACCACGGUAUCCGUGUGGAUGGUACACUGAAACCCCGUAGCAAGUUCCUGGGCAACUCAGCUGCAAGCAUGAUGGAGGGUAUAUCAUAUCUAAGGUUCUUGAACAGGGGAAAGUCAAGAGGUGGGGAGAAAUAUAUUCUAACUCAACCGAACAUGUAUGCUCGAGGUAUCCUUUUCGGCAAGAUGAAAUACGAACUGGGGGAUCAUAGCUACGUGCGCUGUCCUGAGAACAACUUGACCGCAGACAUCGAAUUCAAGACCAAAGGUUACUUUAGUGGCACUUACAAUGCUAUGGGGGGCGUGAUCAAGAACGAAAAGACUGGAGAGGUACUCUAUGAGCUGAGCGGCAUGUGGAAUGGAGAGAUGCACAUCAAAGAUCUGGUGACAGGUCACAAGGAGCUACUUUUCAAUGCGACAAACGCGAAGCAUACGCCACCACGGACAAGACGACUAGAAGAGCAGGCUGACCGGGAAAGUCAGAAGCUAUGGCGGAGUACCGUGCUGGCAGUCAAUGCACGGGAUCACGAGAAAGCAACAGAUGAGAAGUCGAAGAUCGAAGAUCGCCAGCGAGAAGAGGCUGCUAAGAGAGCCGAAGAAGGAAUUGAUUGGACGCCCAAGUUGUUCAGAAGAGUAAGGGCUGGUCCUGGUGAAUCUGAAGAGGGAGAAGCGGAUCUCGAUUGGAUUCUGAACGCCACAAUAGAUGGUAAAGAUCCAAAGACAAUGACAGAGCAAAUUCUGGCCAUUACCCCCAUUCUGCCUGGGCAGAAAGUAGAUUCUGAUUUUGAGAUUCCACCUCACACUUCCAAUGCAGCACCAAAUCACGAUAACAAUUUGCAACCGGAGCAAAAUGCUGCCGCCCAAUCCUCUGGUGAUGGGAAUGAUCUGAUAGAUUUUGGUGACUCGGCUCCAAACGCAAAGGCGGUCACUGCAAACCAAAAUAUUUCAUCGCAACAUCGGACAAGGUCGGAGAGUCUGAUGGAUGAUGACCAACACAUUAACGCCAUGAAUGACAAGAUGGGAAACAUGAAUCUGAUGGGGCCAAUGCAGGCUUCAGGGAACCCUUCAACAGGGAAAAAUCGGCCUUUAGAGAGGACUGAUACCGAGACGAGUGAGGUUGACUCAUUCUUUGAUGCUGAGGGGUGA